AUGGCGACCCGCGGUGCAGCGUUACGGCUUGCAGUAUUCUCGGUGUUUUUUGCAGUUACAUUCGGCAGCAAUGUAAUUCCUCAACUGCUAGAUCUUCUCCAUCCUCGAACCGAUUGGCAGGUACCCUCCGGAUAUGUGUCGAAUCGUUCGGAAGCUUUACGUUUUCGUACCCGUGUCGAUCACUACGAUGUACAAAACCGGGCCACGUUUGAGUUUAAUUACGUGUCGAACGGUGAGUACUAUCGGCCGGGAGGACCGAUCUUCAUCAUCGUCGGUGGAAACAGUGCACUGAACGCGUACUUUAUCGAAAAUGGACACUUUCACGAUAUCGCACGUGAUGAGGGUGCUUGGUUGUUUAGCAACGAGCAUCGUUACUAUGGACGCAGCUCGCCUGUAGAGAAUUAUUCCACACCCAACAUGCGCUUUUUGAGCGUGGAACAGGCACUGGUCGAUCUGAUCGAAUGGAUCGAUCAUCUACGCCGUGAGGUAGUCGGCGAUCCGAACGCAAAAGUAAUUCUACACGGACUCGGGUACGGUGGUGCCGUUGCCAUCUGGGCUCGGCAACGGUUCCCCAACCUCAUCGACGGUGCCUGGGGCUCGACAGCCUCCGUCAUCGCACGCGUGAACUUUAACGAGUACGGUGAGGAUAUGGGUGAAACGAUCCGAACGCUCGGUCACCCCGAUUGCUACAGUAUCGUGUGGCGUGGCUUCCGUACAGCCGAGAAUCUAGUCGAUGCCGGACGGUACGAUCGGCUCUCGCAGAUGUUCCGCACCUGUGAACCGCUCCGGGCCGCCGAUCCACUCACGAUAGAAACGUUCUUCUUCGGACUGAAGGGCUCCUUCGAGGCGGAAAUGUUCGGCCAAGCUAGCCCAGACUCGGUGGGACGCAUGUGCGAUGAGCUGAUGGCUGACCCGGCUGAAACAGCCCUGGAAGUGUUGGCAAACUUUUUCGAGCGUCGCUACGGAGCGUUUGACUGUGUGCCGUUCGAUUUCGAAAGUAACAUUGCGAGCUCAAUGUACGAGGAAGUUGGAUCACCCAACAAUGCAGACUACGGCAUUAGGCAGCGUUUGUAUCAGCUGUGCACCGAGUUCGGUUGGUUCCUAACAUCGUCGUCCGGCAACAGUCCGUUCGGGACGCGUAUCACCUACCGAUAUUUUAUCGAAACAUGCCGGGCAGUGUUUGGUGAUUGGAUCGAUCAGGACGUUGUGUACGACGGUGUUCGAUUGACAAACUUGCACUUCGGGGCAGAUGAUCCACGGGUUACGAAUGUCGUGUACGUCAAUGCGCGGUUCGAUCCUACCCGGUUUGUCUCGAUUACAGAUUACACCAAUCUACAGGCCAAUGCGUUCGUUAUCGAGAAUGCGGUGGUGUCACUCGACUGGAUGCCGGAUAGUGUAACGGAUUCGGAGGAUUUAAGGCGCGUUCGGCAGGAGAUUGAGGGGUACGUUCGUGGAUGGUUAGCCGGUGUUGCAAUUGGGGCGAAAUAA